GGGGAUUUUAUGGUUGUUGAAAAAAGUUUCUAGCUUUUAUUUGAGUAAACAUGUUGGCUGUGUUUGAGCAAUCUAUUGGGAAGCCACCUUCAGAGCUGAGCGUUGCUCAGACAGGUAGACAGAAAAAGGAGGCUAGAACAAAGGAAGAGAUUGAAGAAAGUUUCAAAUCAUGGAAGCCAGACUCAACUUUUUACCACCUUUCAAAUGGGAAUUUCAUGGCUUUUUCUCAUGGAAAUGAAAACCCUUUCCAUCCAAGGUCUAUUGUGGUGAUGGAUGACAUAUUCUGCAUCUUUUCUGGUGGUUUAGACAACACUUUUGAUUUGAGGAAAUAUUAUGGUCUUUCAAGACAAGCUACAGAAGCUAUGAUAAUGGUUGAGGCUUACAAAGUUUUAAGGGAUCGGGCGCCAUACCCUCCUGAUCAAGUCAUCAAAGAACUUGAAGGCAAAUUUGCUUUCAUUCUCUUUGACUCUAAAGCCUCCACUCUUUUUCUUGCUAGGGAUCGCGAUGGAAGUGUGCCAUUACACUGGGGAACUGCUACAGAUGGAUCAUUAGUAUGUUCUGAUGAUUCAGAGUUCAUUCAAGCUUCUUGUGGGAAAUUGUAUACCCCGUUUCCUCCAGGUUGUAUCUUCAUAAGUGACACUGGGCUAAUAAGCUUUGAUCAUCCAAUGCACAAAGUAAAAGGAAUUGCGCGUGAAGAUGAUGAAGGAAAUGUCAAUGCUGUGAUUUUCCAGGUGGACUUGUAUACCAAACUCCACAGCAUUCCUCGCAGGGGAAGUGCUGCGAAUUGGGCUGGUGCUACUACGGUUGAAUGAAACGGAAGAUUUGAAACUUUGACGAUCUUCCCAAGUUGAGUCAUGAUUGUAAUAAUGUUAAAUCACAAACGGUAUGCUACUUUGUGGCCAUCUUGUUAAAUAAUCUGAAAUCAUAUGUUGCUGCAAUAAUAAUAUUUCCAUCACCAAUCGACUGUUUCUUACUAAA